CCGGAAAUGGCGUGUCCUACUUUCACUUUGACACUGUUGUGUGUUUUAAUUUGUGUAUUCCAAAUAAAUGAUGCGAAAAAGGACAGUCCUAAAAAGGAUGAAAUUAAAAAGAAGAAAGAUAUUCGAGAUUUCACUGACGCUGACAUGGAGAGACUGUAUGACGAGUGGGAGGAUUCUGAUGAAGAUGAAUUACCAGAAGAUGAAUUACCAGAGUGGAAACGCGAGCCCCCUAAAAUAGACAUGUCAAAUCUUGACACUAAAGAUCCUGAAAACAUACUGAAAAAUACGAAAAAAGGCAGAACACUCAUGAUGUUUGCAACAGUUUCAGGCAAUCCAACGCAACAGGAGACUGAAAAGAUCACACAGAUAUGGCAAGGCAGUUUAUUUAAUGCCAACAUUGAAACUCAGAGAUAUGUGGUCAGCGAAAAUAGAGUGAUAUUCAUGCUCAAUAAUGGAGCAAUGGCAUGGGAAAUAAAAGAUUUCCUUGUUAACCAGGAUCGAUGCGAGGAGGUGACGAUUGAAGGGAAAUCUUACCCCGGGAAGGCAUACAGUGGUGAUCCUGCAGCUACAGCAGAAGAUGAGCAUAAAAAGGACAGCAAGAAAAAUAAAAAGGGGAAAGAUAAAAAAUCAAAGGAAAGUGAAAAUGACAAGAAAGAAAACCAGAAAAAUAAAGCAAAGAAAGAAAAAUCAAAAGACAAGAAAGAAAAGGAAAUAACUGAUAAUAGAACUACUAAAGAUAAGAAAAAGAAGGAGAAAACAGAAUUGUAAUAUUUAUAAAUCUCAGCAUUUCAUAUAUGAAACAUGAUGAUAUACUCUGCUGGUUGUAUUAUAUAAUAUCAGGAAACUCAUCAAGAUACUGUCAUAGCAUUGCUUUUGUAUCUAUCUAUAUCUUAAAUAUAGAUAUUUAUGAAAGUUAAAUCUUGGCACUAUUUCUGAUAUCCUCAUGGAACUUUGUGUACAUCUCACCAGUGGCAAUACGCACAUGUGUAGCCGGGCUAUUAUGAUAAAAAUGACUGUCUUCAUGUGCUUUUUCACUGUGCCUUUGGAUAUAGAUUAUCUGCCAUCUGCAUAUUACAUUAUCAAUAUGACAUCAACAUAUUUUAUGAGUGGAUCUACAAUUUGAAGGAUUAGAGAUGGCCUUGGUGGGCCAAUCAUAUGCACCUGUCUUCCAAAAUAUGUAAAACAUAUUUAAAUGCAGCAUGUGGGUGGUUCUGUGGAGGGUUGGGGUUUGAGAGACCUCCCCAAAUAUCACUUUGGUUAAUUACAGUCAGUAAUGAUGCAUUGUGGUGUAAUUUUAGAUUGUUGCAGCCAUUUAUUGUAUCAAGCUCAUUUGAACUGUUCUAGUAUUGCGGCACACCCUCUACCCUAUGGACCCACAAGUUGGCAUCACCAUCACAGUGCAUUUGUAUUUUACGUAAUUGUUACACUUAGAUUGAAUUUAUGUGUCAUUGAUUAAUAUGAAUAUAUGCUCCAUGUCUUGUAUAUCUUAAUCAUUGAUUUUGCAUUUGUAUAUAUAUAUAAAUAAUAUCAUUAAUAUUUGUCAUGCAUGAGUAGAUCUGCAAUAUGUGUAUAUGCUAAAGGCAAUUCCAUUUUAACAUAGAACCCAACCCGUGCAUGGAGAAUAAAAACAUUCCUAAGAGCUAACGUACACACACUAGGACCUAAAGUCAUCACUUUCUGCUAUACGUAUUACAAUGUUUGUAUGCGUUAUGACUAUAUGGUACCUGACUUGUCUUUUGAUUAUCCUUUCCCACACUUUUUGAAAUCAUAACAUAAUGUAUACGCCAACGAGUUAAUAGGUAAAGUGCCAUAUAUACAGCGGGUGACCUGAUGACCAUUGGACUCAUGGAUCUUCAAGUUGUCAUGAGUAAGCUCUUCAUCUCAUCAGUGUAUCUUAAAGUCUUCAUGUCUUUUUCCUUUAAGCAAAUCCUUAUAUUUUGGCUUCCAAUGUCCAAUUUUAAAGUGCCAUCCUGGGUUUGGUUGUUGAAUUGGAAUGGCUCUGAACUUUUUAAUGAUAAUGUAUAAAUCUAUGUAUGUAUGUAUUUAUCAAUAAACGAUUUCGCUAACAGUAA